ACGCUCUCCCACUCACGCACGCACUCUGCACCCAUUACCCCAGUCAAUCGGAAAGAAUCAGCGAAGAAUGCAAAUAAUCCACUGAUUUAAGACCAAUAAUCCUUCUGAUUGUUAGCUCUUUUUGGAGAGUGUUAACCAACUUUUAACGCUUUCCAUUCUGUAGUUCGCAUUUUGUAGCCGCAAAUCGCUCUGCUAAUAAAACGGCCGUCUAAGCUCUUUCCAUUAUUUCCUCUGUGUUAUAGUUAUAUACCAUACCCAUCUUUCUCUUCCUCCUCCUCCCGUUUUCAAACACAUAGAUCGGAGCUAGCCCCAGCCCCAGGCAGUCAGGCAGAUGCAGGGUUCCUCCUUCUACCAGAGUCCAGUCAUGGUGAUCGAUGCAAGUUCCUCUGUCCUAACUCCCAUGCAUGCAUGUGUAUCUAUCAUCCGCAUCUUCGUUUCCUCCGUUUAUUUAUUGUUAUGCACCUGGUUCUCCUCUCGAUCCUUAGGUUAACGGAACCUUGCAUGUUUUUUUAGUACUUCCGUUCCCCUGUUUCGUUUAACAGAUUUUGGUAUGCUAGUUUCAGUUUAGGGUUUUAUCGAGAAAAAAAAGUUUCAGUUUAGGGGAUUCUUGCACAAGAAGAGAGGGAUUUCUUGUGAAACGGAAUAAACAUUCUCAGAGUGUUUUCCCCCGCUGAUGUUUAUCCAGUGUUGUGUUGAGCUGUUGGUUCUUGAACCAUUUGAUCUCACAUUGUUGAAUUUAAGGCAUUUCUGUUCUUCCGAUCUCCAGAGUAGCAACUGCAAGUUAUUACUCGAAUACAAUAGGACACGGCGUUUAUCAUAUAAUAAUAAGAUAAGAUGUCGGUUGGUCCAUCAAUUGAACACCUGAAUCCAUCACUUCUUAUGUAUAGAUUAUUGGCAUGUGCUGUAGAAACUCAUAAGGCAGAAACAAUAACCUAAAUGUGUGUCCUGGAGGACUCCUGAACCCAUGUGAUGGGAUUGUACCUCCAUUCCCCAACCAAGAAGCAAGACUUGCUUCCUGUGAUGUCGCCUUACUGAAAGUUUUGACUGAAAAAAAUUGUUCUGAUGCCACUUCAGUAAUGUUUUAUGUCAGCAAUCUCAUUAUCUAUUUCCCUUAUUUCUCCUCCGGUUCUUCAGUCAUGCCUACUGUCAAACUUACAUGCUCGUGUUGUCCCUUCAACUGCUUGUCACCACUGUAGCGACUAGUUACAAAUACAUAACUUUGUUUUUCUUCUUAUUCUAAAUUUAAGAAUUCAUCUGACACAAUUAUAAGAAAAUGGUGAUCACAGGAUGAGGGGGUCGCUACUGUUGUCGGUGAACAGUCUGUGGGAAUUGAUGACUGCGAUGAACCAGCUGUCGAGGUCGAUUAUCCUCCUGUGAAUGUUGUGAAGCCAGAGAGCAUGGAGAGUGGGCCAAUAAAGUGUCCUGGCGGUCGUUUUAAAAAGAAAGCACAGAGAACUACUGCUUACAAAAGGAAGAAAAUGUGGCCAGAAGCUUCCAAAUCCGCCAAGAGCGACAAGGAUGAUAAUCUUGUUCCGAGGAGAAAGAGAGGGAGGCCAGCCGGUUCCAAGUCUGCUAAGAGCAAUUUGGGGAGGAAACCUACAUUGGCUUAUAUCAAUAGUACUGAUAGUGAGGGCGAGAGGGACAAAGAUGAUGAUUUCGACCUGAUGAGGAAGAGAAGGUGUCCAGCAGUCUCCAAGUUUGCAAAGAAUAACAAGGAUGAUAAUUUUGUGCCGACGAAGAAGAAAGGGAGGCCAGCAGGUUCAAAAUCUGCUAAGAGAAAGAUGGGACUAAAACCGGCAUCCACUCACAUAUGCAGUAGUAAUAGUAAAGGAGAGAGGGACAAAGGCAAUGAUUUUGACCCGACAGUACCCCAUGCUGACGGCCGAAAGAAAAACGCAUGGGUUCAGGGCAGAUAUGGCUCUGCUUUCAAAAGAGCUUCAGAGGCAGAGGCACAGGAGAAAUUUCCAGGAGAAUAUCCAAGGUUCACCAAAUGUAUGAUGCCAUCGAAUGUUCUUAGGGUGUUUUGGCUGCAUCUCUCGAGUGACUUCUGCAGAAGUUAUCUUCCACAGUGUAACACUAAAAUGAUACUAGAAGAUGAGGAUGGGCAGACAGAUUAUGUAAAGUACUUAAGUGCCAGGGACGGUCUCAGUGGUGGAUGGAGAGGAUUUGCGAUAGAUCAUAGUCUUAAGGUUGGCGACACCGUGGUCUUUGAGCUCGUAGAACCAACAAAAUUCAAGGUGUAUAUAAGGAGAGAGGAUAAGUUCACAACAGCUGAUGAUGAUGCCAGGUCCAAGGAGGACCUAGCGGUUGCCACCAGAGACAGCAGCACAGCACCCAGCGAUGAUGCCAACAUAGCCGGUGAACAAGCAGUAGGAGAUGUCGGUGAUGGCAUAGGAUCUCCAGAUUCAGGCAUCAAAGAUCCUGAUGGCAUCACUGCUCAGUCAUCGACAGAUCAAGUGCCGGUGGAGCGUGAGGGGUACGUGGAGGUCAAGCUCGAGAAGGACGAUGUGGCAGAGAAGAUGAAAGCCCUCAAAGAUCCUGAUGGCAUCACUGCUCAGUCAUCGACAGAUCAACUGCCGGUGGAGCAUGAGGGGUACGUGGAGGUCAAGCUCGAGAAGGACGAUGUGGCAGAGAAGAUGAAAGCCCUCAAGUCGAUGAUGGCGGCUCUGAAGGAGGGUCUGAAGGCAGUGGACAUUGAGGUAGAAGAAUUGGAGUCGAGUGUGGAGAAGAAUGCGCAAGCUAUGCAGCAGAUGUUAAAUGCACAAUGAUGACUGUCAACAAUCCAUGGAUGUCUUAAUUGACACUUUCUGUUUUUGUUUUGAGAAUCUUCAGGAACAUUUUUGGUUUUGUUUUGGGACCAUUUUCGUAAGUAGGUGUACUGUUUUUGCUGCACACCAACUUUAACUUGUGCACAGCAAUGCUGCAAAAUUAAAGUAAGAUCUU